AAAAUCCUGUCCACACCCAUAAAAACCGAGUCAACCUCCUUCUCCACACACACACACAGACACACACACCACCUCCAGGCUUUCAGAAGGAUCAACUCCAUUGCACAGUUUUUCCGCGCUGUUUCUGCAGUUCUUUUUUUCCUGCAUCUUUGCUGUUACUGCUUGAACGUUUAACAUCAUGGCAGCCAUUGGAAACCGUGGUACCAUCUCCCAGGCAUCUGAUUUCGACGCUGAAAUCGAUGCAGAGAAACUUAGACAGGCCAUGAAGGGAACAGGCACCGAUGAGGCGGCCAUCAUCUCCAUUCUGGCUCAUCGUACGAUUGCACAAAGGCAGAAGAUUAAGGAAGCGUACAAAAUUUCUAUCGGAAAGAAUUUGGAAGAUGACCUCAAGUCGGAGCUAAGCGGUAAUUUCGAGAAGGUGGUGUGUGGCCUGCUGAUGCCGGCGCCCGUUUACGAUGCCUACGAGCUGAGAAACGCCAUCAAGGGUGCUGGAACUGAUGAAGCGUGUCUGAUCGAGAUUUUGGCUUCAAGGACCAACGCUGAGAUUAAAGCCCUGACCGCUACCUACAAGAAAGAGUACGAUCGCGAUCUGGAGGAUGAUAUCAGCGGAGACACAUCUGGCAUGUUUAAGAGGGUCCUGGUGUCCCUGGCUACGGCCGGGAGAGACGAGAGCACCGUCGUGGACGAGGCACUCGCUAAACAGGAUGCCAAGGAGAUCUUUGAGGCGGGCGAGGCGCGCUGGGGAACAGACGAGGUCAAGUUUCUCACCAUCUUGUGUGUGAGGAACAGAAACCACUUACUUAAAGUGUUUCAGGAGUACCAUCAGAUUUCAGGCCGGGACAUUGAAGACAGCAUUAAGAGGGAGAUGUCCGGCUGUCUGGAGGAUGUUUUUCUCGCUAUAGUGAGGUGCAUCAGAUGUAAGCCGGCAUUCUUCGCCGAGAGACUUCAUAAAUCCAUGAAGGGUCUAGGCACCACUGACAGCAUCCUGAUUAGAGUGAUGGUCUCUCGUGCUGAGAUCGACAUGAUUGACAUCAAAGCUGAGUUCCUGAAGUUGUAUGGAAAGACUCUGAACUCCUUCAUUAAGGGGGACACAUCUGGGGAUUACCGAAAGAUCCUUUUGGAUCUUUGUGGAGCAGAAAUCUAAGCUGAAAAGUCCACUCCAUUGACUAUAAUAUAACAUUUAUUAGGAGUUUCUAAUGUGUGUGUUUAGCUGACUGACUCCUGUUCAUUAACAUGUAGCUAGUGUGUGUGUGUGUGUGUGUUUGGUCCAAUAAUUUAGCAAAACAUUGUCAAACAUUUCCUACUUUGUAAUGCCAAAUAACCAGAACGAACCUGUGCUUUAAUAACCACGAAUUAAAAUGUAACAGUUUCUCUCUCUC